UUGCGGCUUCUAAAACAAACCAAACCCGGCCUCUCUUCUUUGUCUGUCCGAGAAUCUAAACUCCACAAACAAAACCCAGUUUCAUAAUAUAAUCUCUAUAUAUCUGUAUCUAUAUCUAUAUAUUCAAGAUUUUGGUUUUUGGGUUAAUUGUAAGAUGGGAUCUGGAGCUGGAAAUUUGCUUAAACUUAUUGCUCAAAACUUUGACAUUCUUGCUGGACCUGUUGUAAGUUUGGCUUAUCCACUAUAUGCAUCGGUGAGGGCGAUAGAGACUAAAUCUCAGUUGGAUGAUCAACAAUGGCUGACAUAUUGGGUUUUGUAUUCAAUGAUUACUCUCUUUGAGCUUACCUUUGCAAAGUUGAUCGAAUGGAUCCCAUUUUGGUCGUAUGCAAAGCUGAUUGUUACCUGCUGGUUGGUGAUACCAUACUUCAGUGGUGCUGCAUAUGUUUAUGAGCAUUAUGUUAGACCUUUUUACACGGGAAAGCAGACUAUUAACAUCUGGUAUGUCCCUAGAAAGAAAGACGUGUUCAGUAAACCAGAUGACAUCCUAACUGCUGCGGAGAAAUACAUUCAGGAACACGGCCCAGAUGCAUUUCAAGAAAUCAUUCAUCGAUCUGAUAGGGAAGUGAGGCACAGAGGUAACAACAUUUUCUCUGGAGAUUACCACAAUUACUGAGGUCUGAGCAACACGGGGGCUUCAGGUUCUUCUUUUUGUGUUUGGUGUGGUUAAACUCUGUUGCUAACCUGUUGUACGUAUCUCCUCGAAGUUAAUGUGUGCUCGAAGUAUUUUCUACUUCCUAUAUGUCAGGUUGUUUUCUAAGUACAUAUCUUUCAAUAACAUGUUAUGGUUAGUUGGUUA